GCAGCCUCGGGGCGGGGGCAGCGGAGCUCCCUACGCUGGCGCGGAAGCGGGCGUAGGGGCGCGUACCCCGGUGCCCGGUGGCUGCCCGCGGCCCCCCCCGAGCGCCCUCCCGGGCUCCAUGCGCGACCAUGGCGCAGAGCCUCCGGAGCUGGCUGGGCGGCUGCCUCCUGGUGUCAGCAUUAGGAAUGGUGCCACCUCCUGAAAAUGUCAGAAUGAAUUCAGUUAAUUUCAGGAACAUUCUACAGUGGGAGUCGCCUGCUUUUCCCAAGGGGAACCUGACUUUCACAGCUCAGUACCAAAGUUACAGGAAAUUCCAAGAUAUAUGCACAAGUACUGUCUUGACGGAAUGUGAUUUCUCAAGUCUUUCCAAGUAUGGUGACCACACCUUGAGGGUCAGGGCUCAAUUUGAAGACGAGCAUUCAGACUGGAUAAACAUCACCUUCUGUCCUGUGGAUGACACCAUUAUCGGACCUCCCAGAAUCCAAGUAGAAGCACUUGCUAAUUCUUUACAUAUGCGUUUCUUAGCCCCGAAAAUUAAGAAUGAACCUGAAACAUGGAGCAUGAGGAAUAUUUAUAACUCAUGGACUUAUCAUGUGCAAUAUUGGAAAAAUGGCUCAGACGAAAAGUUUCCAGUUACUGGUCAGUAUGACUUCGAGGUCCUCCGAAAUCUUGAGUCACAGACAACUUACUGUGUUCAAGUUCGAGGGUUUCUUCCUGAUCGGAACAAAACUGGGGAGUGGAGUGAGCCUGUCUGUGAGCAAACAACUGCUGACGAUGUCCAGAGGUUCCGCCAGCUCAGACCACAAAAGGAUGCAUACACGCAGGUCUGCUCCUGACCAUUUUCAUUUACGGAGGCCCUCCUGGAAGCAAGGUGCUGAUCUGGGGGCUACAGAAAUACAAAGGAGCGUAAUGAAGAAUUCCCUCCAGAGAGAGAGUAAAACUUUUCACCUUCUGUGUCACUGCCAUUCUGAGGCAACUGCAGUGCUGCCGUCACAGUGAUUCAUCAUUUCAGCUUCUCAAGUUCUUCGUGAAUGUUGGGUUUUGUCAUUGAACAUAUUUCUCUCCCUGUUUUGCUUCGUCUCAUCAACUGAUUUGCUGGUAGGAGGUUCAGGGUCCUUACCAGUUCGUUGUUUAAACUGUUGGUGUGUCUAGGAUAUACCUCCCUCUAGACCGCCUAACUAGUUGCUUACUGGUCACCAAUCCAUCUGAAUCUAGUGGACUAUUAUGUAAGCUAUUUGGUUUUACUGUCCACAAAGUCACCAUGUAAAACUUUGGCAAAUAUGACCUGAAAUUGACACCCAGUGCCAAGUGCAGCACUGUCACAACUGUGUCCCAUGAGUGGUUAUGGGAUAUUUCUCAAAACAAGAGCCCGGUAGUCGGAUGUGCUUGGAAAUGAUGGUACGCCGCAUUUCUCUCUCAGAAAAGUCACCCUAUAUAUUAGCAUUUUUAGCAUAUUUGAUCUUUCAACAUGUUUUUUGAGGAUGAGCAUUCCAAGGAAAACAGCUUGGGAAAAACCAGCCCAUAAUGUGCCGUAAUUUACCAACAAGUAACCCUAUCCAAAAAGGAAAGGCAGCCACUUGGAGCCAAUUUCUUCUCGGUGGCCUCAUGUUAUUAUUUUUUGUGAUUGUCCUUAUCUUUCUUAAGUAUUUGUAAUUAGCCACUUAACCAUCCAUUCCAGAAUGUCUGUAUUUUUUUCUGGACAUCACAUCCAGCUUUCCAGCCUGGAGUUUCCUGAAUCUUGUUGUUGGGUUUUUUUCCUUCGUUUUGUAAAUGCAUGAAUUACUUGCCUGAAUCUAGGAAUCUUUCACCUCACCCAGGCACGUGAUCUUUUCAGUGCCAUCCGAAGCUGUUCUCCAGUCAUAUUAAGCACAUUUUCUCAGGAAUGCAGAGCCAUAUAGAAGAUGGAAAGUCUUGCUGUCUCUCUGGAGGGAAUUCUCUGUCAGUCUCCUUUCUUUUUCUGUAGUUCCCUGUCCAGUGCCACGCCUCUAUCUGAGGCUGAGUCGACCUGCCUGUGUUCCUCCUGCCAUGGCUAAGCCUCUCAACAGCACUGUUAAAUAACAGGAGCUUAUCUUUUUAUUCCUUUCAUGAA